GUUCCGGAUUGUUUUGUGGCUGACGAUAAAACAGAGCACAAAAGAAGAAAAAUCUAGGGUUUGUUUGAGACUAAGAGGAAGAGAAAGAAGAAGAAGAGAAAAUUCGUACAAUUCCGCCAUUAAAGCUUCAACCUUUAAUGGCGACAACGACUCUUUCUUCCUUCUCUCUUUCUCUUCCUCAACUUCUCCAUAAACCCACAAAGCCUCUUCCUUUCCUCUUCCUUCUUCCUCGAUUCAAUCGGAGAUUUCGAAGUCUCACUAUCACUUCUUCUUCUACAACUUCUUCAAACAAUUUCAGUAGUAAUUGUGGCGAUGAUGGCUUCUCUCUUGACGAUUUCACUCUCCAUUCUGAUUCUCGAUCACCUAAAAAAUGUGUCCUUUCUGAUCUUAUACAAGAGAUUGAGCCAUUAGAUGUGAGUUUGAUUCAGAAGGAUGUUCCAGUUACUACUUUGGAUGCAAUGAAAAGAACAAUCUCAGGCAUGUUGGGUCUUCUUCCAUCUGAUAGGUUUCAGGUUCAUAUUGAGUCACUUUGGGAACCUUUGUCUAAGCUUUUGGUAUCUUCAAUGAUGACUGGGUAUACAUUGAGGAAUGCUGAAUAUCGGCUUUUUCUUGAAAAAAACCUUGAUAUGAGUGGUGGAGGCUUGGACAGCCACGCUUCGGAAAACACUGAAUAUGAUAUGGAAGGGACGUUUCCUGAUGAAGAUCAUGUUUCAUCCAAAAGGGAUAGCAGAACUCAGAACCUUUCUGAAACGAUUGAUGAAGAAGGUUUGGGCAGAGUAUCCUCUGAAGCUCAAGAAUAUAUCUUACGUUUGCAGUCACAAUUGUCUUCUGUGAAAAAGGAAUUACAAGAAAUGAGACGAAAGAACGCUGCCCUACAAAUGCAACAAUUUGUUGGCGAAGAGAAGAAUGAUUUGUUGGACUAUUUACGAUCUUUGCAACCUGAGAAGGUAGCUGAGUUGUCAGAACCUGCGGCUCCUGAGGUGAAAGAGACUAUUCAUUCUGUUGUUCACGGUCUUUUGGCAACUCUAUCACCGAAGAUGCACUCUAAGUUUCCAGCAUCAGAAGUUCCACCUACUGAAACGGUGAAAGCAAAAAGUGAUGAAGAUUGUGCUGAACUUGUAGAGAACACUUCGUUGCAGUUUCAGCCUCUUAUCUCACUGACUCGAGACUACCUUGCUCGUCUUCUCUUCUGGUUAGAAGAACUGCCUAGCUCUACCUCUCUUUCUCUUGCUUGCUAGGAUUUAGAUGGAUAUCGUAUAUUUACGUAUAAACUACAAACACAAAUAGAUCCUCUCAAAAGAAACUUUAGUGUUUCUUUGGUUGUAUUACCAAAGACAUCUUAUACCACAGUGUCUGCUUUCUAUUGCUAGGUGCAUGCUAUUGGGACAUUAUCUCAGAGGUUUGGAAUAUCGAAUGGAACUGAUGGAGGUCCUGUCUUUGACAUGCGAUGCCAAUGGGUCUGAGAACGUCGCUUGAAGCUAUCUUUAUACAUCUCAACAUUGUCUUACAUGCGUAUCAGCGGCCUUGACACUCUUAAACCAACAAAGUGGGCAAGUGACUAGGAGACAGGCCAGCCUUUGAGCUUUAGCUCUUGCACAUAUAUGCAGCUUUGUGCUGGCCUGAAAAUUCAUGGGCGAGGUAAAGUGUAACAUAAGAAAUCACUUCUACUAAAAUUAUUUUUCGUUGCAUUAUCGUGUGAUGGAUCUGCAAAGCAAUAAAGCUAAGUGUAAUUGUAUUCAGGAAUAUACUCGUUUGGUCAUUAAGUAUAGUUUGUCCUACAAUUAUUGGCUCAGAAAUAGCAAUCUCGAGCGGGUUCGUUUGGCCUGGCCCGUCCCUUUUAGGCUUGGCUCAAGAGUUUACCUUAGUCAAGCCUUAGUUUUAUUUUUCGCCAGUUUACGCUUGUUGGAUACCGUAAACAAAAUCCAACACUUCCGUUAUUCGAUAAACAAGCAAUUUU